UAAGUCAUAUCCUGGCCAUGUUGUUGCUCACCCCCAAACUCUUCCUCCUAUUUCUGCCUCUCCUACAAUUUUCAACUGCAGAAACUUGGAUAAAAUCCGGUUAUUGGUAUUCUGGCAGUGAAUUUCCUGUCCCAGAUAUCAAUUCAGCUCUAUAUACUCACCUUAUUGCUGCCUUUGUGCAUAUAAAUUCUUCAAACUAUGAGCUUUAUGUUUCUCCUUCUGAUGAGCCAUAUAUAUCCACCUUCACAGAUAUUGUCAAGAAGAAAAAUCCAUCAGUUGUAACACUUUUGUCCAUCUGGUGUGGAGUAGCAGAAUCCUUCGACCACGGAGAAGCAAACUCUUCUAUAUUUUUCUCAAUGACAAGCCAAUCAUCGAGCAGGAGAUCCUUUAUUGAAUCCUCUAUUCGAAAAGCACGAUCGUAUGGAUUUCAAGGCAUUGAUCUUUUUGGAGCAACUCCAAGCACCCCUGAGAACAUGACCAAUAUGGAGGCAUUUCUCGAUGAGUGGCGAAGGGCCAUCAAUUUGGAGUCCAGUACAUCACGGUUGAUCUUGACAAUGGCAGGUUACUAUUCGCCUGUGUUGGACUCAAUGACCUACCCUGUGGACUCAAUCCGAAAGAACUUAGACUGGGUGCAUCUCAGGUCAUAUGACUAUCAUAUGUCCUCAAAAGACAAGUUUACCGGAGCACAUGCUGCUUUAUAUGAUCCACUGAGCAGGCUAAAUACUGAUUUUGGUAUAAAGAACUGGAUAAGCAAAGGAUUACCAGCCAACAAAUUGGUACUUGGCUUGGCAUACCACGGCUAUGCAUGGACACUUUUGGACCCCAAGAACAAUGCAAUAGGUGCACCAGCUGCAGGUCUGGCCAUAACUAAAGAUGGAUCGAUGAGCUACAAGUAUAUCAAGUGGUAUAUGACAAGUUAUGGAGCAACAUCAGUUUUCAACUCCACUUAUGUGGUGAACUACUGCACCAUAGGAUCAUUUUGGAUUGGCUUCGACGAUGUAGAGGCUAUCAAGACUAAAGUUUCUUAUGCAAAGGAAAAGGGACUUCUCGGUUACAGCAUAUGGCAAGUUCCAAAUGAUGAUACAAAGGAUGUACUAUCCAGAGCAGCUCAAGCAGCGGAAGAUCAACAGAAAAAGCAACACUUACUGUUUACAUUACUGCCAGCAAGUGCAAUAACCUUUCUCCUGGUGGCAAUAAUAUGUUAUCUAAAGAGAAAAUUCAUCCUAUCAAAGGUUAGACAGAUCACAGAUUCAGGCAAGAGAUCUAUAUCACCGCAUCUGCAAGCAUUCAGCUAUUCUCAAAUUAAAGCAGCCACAAAGAAUUUCUCAGAGGAGAACAAGCUUGGCGAGGGAGGAUUUGGACCUGUUUAUAAGGGUAAACUAAAGGAUGGCCAAGAAAUAGCAGUUAAAAGACUGUCCAACACAUCAACACAAGGAUCAGAGGAGUUCAAGAAUGAGGUUUCACUAGCAGCAAAACUACAACAUGUCAAUCUAGUGAGGUUAAUCGGAAUUUGCACGGAGAAGGAGGAAAAGAUGCUCAUCUAUGACUACAUGCCAAACAAGAGCUUGGACUUUUAUCUCUAUGAUCCAACCAGACGGCUAUUUCUGGAUUGGGAGAAACGGCUUGCUAUAAUUGAAGGGGUCACUCAAGGUCUACUCUAUCUCCAGGAGUACUCAGCAUACACAGUAAUUCACAGAGACCUGAAAGCUAGCAACAUCUUACUUGACAGUGAGCUGAAGCCUAAAAUAUCAGAUUUUGGUAUUGCUAAACUUUUCAGAAAAGAUGAAAAUGAAGCAAACACAAGCAGGAUUAUUGGAACCUACGGCUAUGUUCCUCCAGAGUAUGUAAAACGAGGUAUGUAUUCAAGAAAGUAUGAUGUUUACAGCUUCGGUGUGCUGAUUUUGCAAAUCAUAAGUGGCAAGAGGAGCUCAUGCCUAUACGGAAUGCAUAAGAAUCUGAAUCUUUUAGAAUUUGCAUACCAACUGUGGAAAGAUGGCAGUGCCUUGGAGUUCCUGGAUCCAUCACUUGAUGAUGAUCAAUCGCCAUGCAAACUUCUAAGGUGUAUGCAAGUAGCUCUGCUAUGUGUCCAAGAAAAUUGGGAAGAUAGGCCAUCCAUGUUAGAGGUCUCCUCUAUGCUGAAGAAUGAGAAUGAGAGUCUGCCCACUCCUAAGAUGCCUGCAUUUUCAACCAACGAACACAAAGAUGUAGAGACAAAUUUCAGAACAGAUGAGGAAUUUUGUUCAGUUAAUAUGGCAACGGUUUCUGAUCUUAUGCCUCGAUGAAAGUUCACCCUUUGCUGGGAAGGGCCAAAUUUGCAGGACUCAUUUUCUUUCUUGUUUUUUCUUUUAUUCCUAAUACUGGCAUUAACUAGCUAACAUUAUUAAUCAACGGUCCAAACAUCUCUAUAGGUGUAUAAAGGUAGUUGUCUGUAUAUUUGACUGACUUUGUUGAUAAACAUAACCAUGACCCCCUUAACCAGUGAAGAGAACAUCCAAGAUAGCCACUCCAAAUAAAAGGAUUUCAACCA